AGGAACGCACGAGUGCAGGGAGGACGGACUGCGGUAGCGGGCCAAGCAAAUUAUUCAAUAAGAUCCAAAGGAGCCUGGUGCGGGUUUUUAGAAAGUCCAAUCAUUCCUGGUUGCAGUUAGAUCAGCACACUGGGGCCAGUCGAUGUUGUGGUAGGCCUACAGCUGGUUUUCCCCUUGACUAAUCAACAGACCAACCUGACUCCACCCAUCUCCUUCCCCAUACUGUAGCAUGAUAAGGUAGGCGUGACAAACGAUCGGUCAUAUGAGCGUCAGUAGCGCCAUGUCACCGGGGAAACUCGGCCGCUUGUGAGGAUUUUGCAAAGGGAUGGCACCGCCGAAGUACAUUAUAAACAGCAAGCAGAGUGCAACGUCGGUCAUUGCUUAAUAGCAGAAACAUUGAACCCGUCAGUGUGUUCGUGUGUUACUGGAUUCAUAACCAAGGCCUACAACAACCUGGAAUUGUGCUGAAUUAGGCUAUGGUUUGCCCUGAUAUGUAACGACGGUUAACAGAGCAAUCAAUCAGUUGAUUGAUUAACCUGAAUGACUGUCAUCUAUUUGUCAGGUAGCAGCAGCGCUUCCCAGAGCAUCUCCCCCCUAGCCAGCUACUCCACCAACCCUUCAGCCCAGGCCCAAGCCCAGCCAUGACAGCCAAGUCGUCCCUGCUCAAGGUGAUCCUCCUGGGGGAUGGCGGCGUGGGCAAGUCCUCUCUCAUGAACCGCUACGUCACCAACAAGUUUGACACGCAUCUCUUCCACACCAUUGGCGUGGAGUUCCUAAACAAGGAGCUGGAGGUAGACGGGCGCACCGUGACGCUCCAAAUCUGGGACACGGCGGGCCAGGAGCGCUUCCGCUCGCUCCGGACACCCUUCUACCGUGGCUCCGACUGUUGUCUCCUAACCUUCAGCAUGGAUGACAACCAGAGCUUCCACAAUCUCAACAACUGGAAGAAGGAGUUUGCCUACUACGCUGAUGUCAAGGAACCCGAGAAGUUCCCAUUCGUGAUCCUGGGUAAUAAGUUGGAUGUGCCAGAGAGGCAGGUUUCGGGCGAGGACGCCCGCCAGUGGUGCCGCGACAACGGCGGCCACCCGUACUUUGAGACAAGCGCCAAGGACUCGACCAACGUGGUGGCGGCGUUUGAGGAGGCGGUGAGGAGGGUGCUGGCGCAGGAGGAAGGGGGGGAGCACCUCAUCCCGACGGACACAAUGGACCUGCACAGGAAGCCGCGCUCUGGCGCCUCCUGCUGCUGAGAUGUAGGGGUGAUUACCUUUAUUUGACUCUUAAAGGCCCAAUGAAGCUGUUAAUCUCAAUUUAAAAUGGGCAAAAAUUGAUUUUUAGCAAAAAACUAUUUCUCAAGCAAGAAUAUGGCUAAGACUGGGAAAACUAGCUGUUAUUGGAAGAGGGGUUUGGAACUGUCUUUGUUAUUGGUCUAUUAACCAAUCAACCGCAUAGUGAUGUCACCAUGGACAGCUGAAACUCCCCGCCCAUGCAAACCUGCUGAUUAUAAUGUCCUGUGUAGAUUGCAUUUUCAAACACCAACUAUCAGGAAAUAAACUGAUCACAUUUUUUCACAGUU